AUGACAUCGUAUAUCGAUAUGAGCUUAGAUGAUAUCAUUAAAAAAAAGAAACGAAGCAGUCCUAGGAAAUCCGUCAAACCUAAAGUUCCAAAUCCUUUACAAAGUAAAACUAUAGAUGCAAGAAAUAAAAUAGUUUCUAAGAAGAGGACUCAAAUAAGAGAUGCUCGGGAAAAGUUAAUAGACAUAGCACAGCAAAAAGAUGCAAGAUUAAGAUUGGAAGAACUGAGGGCCAAGAAAGGUAAUUUCACAGGACCUAAUGUACAUAAGGCAAUAAACAAUAGAAAAACACUUGAACCAUUCACCAAUAAAAGAGAUAGAGUUUUUGCAGACCCAUCCAGGCAGGUUGUUUCUAAGCCAUUUGAAAACAGAACAACCAAUGCGGAACGUCGUCAUAACAACAACAAUAUAUUUAUGGAAGAGCGAUCUUUAGCACCAAAAGCGUAUUUAAAAUCACCAAUUAAACCUAUUAUGCGAACAAUUGAUAAUGAUCUUGAAAUCAUAGAUGAUCCAAUGGGAGAAGAGUACAUACCUGCUGCUAUGGCAUUAGAUAGUCGCAAAGCUAGUUUACAGUUAAAAAUUACUACUCAUGCCAAUAAUAAUUAUCAAAGAACUGCAAUAAGAGAAAGGGAGAAAAGUCCACCGCACCCACCAUCCAUACUUAAGAAAAGACCAAUAGCUGCUUUAAGAUUGGAUAAAAAAAAGACUGAUAUUGAAAAACCUACUCUCGACUUUCGUGUCAUUGUCAGCAAUUUAUGCACCACGGUUACAGGCGGGGAUAUUAAGGAAUUAUUUGGAGACGUCGGUGGCAUGGUAGAAUCCCGUUUAGUCAGACCAGGUACAGCUGAAGUUAUUUACAAGACUGUAGAAGAUGCCCAAAGAGCUGUGGAAUUAUACCACAAUAGACAACUAGACGGACAGCCAAUGAAUUGCCUACUCGUAACUCCACGUACUACAAAUAACUUGGUCAAAAGUGGUUCUAAAGCAACUUUCGUGAGCAGCAACUCCAAUGUAGAGCCGGAUAUAUCAACAUUUCAUAAAGUGCUCUUCAGUCAUUUUUAA